AUGGACUCGGAUCAACCUGUAGACUGGAACACCGGCGAAAAGUCAGGACGAGUAAGCAUCGGCAGUCACAAAUUAUGGCUGAGCGUACACGGCCCUGAUCGCAAGGCCGGAGAACCGCUGGUGAUCAUUAUUCCAGGCUUAGCAAACAACUCAACGAGCUGGGCUGCGGUACGACGCGGUAUAGCCACUUUCGCUCGAGUUCUACAAUAUGAGAGAUCAGGAUAUGGGGAAAGCGAUGUUUCGACCGAAAAGCCAACGGCGACGACAAUCGCCAAAGAGCUGAGUCUGCUUCUUAAAAGUGCAAAUAUACACCCGCCAUAUGUGGUCAUUGCGCACUCAUGGGGCGGGAUUCUGAGCAGAGAGUUUCUGGCUUUGCAUCCCAAGGACAUUAUAGGAAUGGUGUUCGUUGAGGCAAAUCAAGAACGUACGCUGGAGGUCUUGGAUUGGCGGCAAUUGGCUCUGUCGAGUCUACUAGCUGGUGUCAACGGUCCCGAUGCUACGGGCAUAUCGCGAAACCAUAUGCUCACCGACGAAGAAUGGCGGAUUUAUCAAGACACGCAAAAUACAGAAAGUCAUCAGAGGCAGGCAGCUCUAGAGAUAGCUGAAUAUGCCAACACAUUUCCAGUCUUGAAGGCAAAGUCACAGUUGCAUAGACAACCACCGUUCCUAGGCGACCACCCUGUCUGCGUCAUUAAAGGUAACAAUAAAGCAGACUUUGAGAAGCUUCUGAAGGCAGGGUUGGCCCGCGGCAAUGGGGAUAGUGCGAAACAGGCUGCCUUUGAAGAAAUACUCAGUACAUGGGACGAGAAGGACGAGUCUUUGCAGUCCGAGACACUAUCACUGUCGUCCAAGACACGUUAUACUGAGACUAAGAAUAGUGGACACAAUAUACAACUAAGCGAGCCAGAUCUGAUUAUCAGCAGUGUUAACUGGGUUCUGUCUCAAGCUAAAUACAGCUAA